AUGGGCUUGGAAAAGGUCAAGCACGUUGUGCUGGUGCUCUCCGGUAAGGGCGGCGUGGGCAAAUCGUCGGUGACGACGCAGCUGGCGCUCUCCCUGACGCUCGCCGGCCACUCGGUCGGAAUUCUCGAUGUCGACUUGACCGGCCCUUCCAUCCCGCGCAUGCUGUCCAUCGAGGCUUCCAAGGUCACACAGGUUCCAGGAGGAUGGGCCCCAGUUGUUGUCCACGAGGCGGAGCCGAAAAGUGGCCUGGGCAGCCUGCAUGCGAUGAGCCUAGGGUUCCUACUGCCGAAACGAGGCGACGCGGUGGUCUGGAGGGGGCCUAAGAAGACGGCGAUGAUCAGGCAAUUUCUCAAGGACGUGCUGUGGGACGAUACCGACUACCUGCUCAUCGACACGCCUCCGGGCACAAGCGACGAGCACAUCUCAUUGGCCGAGACGCUGCAGAGAGAUGCCCUGCCAGGCCAGGUAGCCGGCGCAGUGGUGGUGACGACGCCCCAGGCAGUGGCCACGGCAGACGUGCGCAAGGAGCUCAACUUUUGCGUGAAGACGGGCAUCCGGGUCUUAGGCGUGGUGGAGAACAUGAGCGGCUUUGUCUGCCCGCACUGCUCCGAAUGUACCGACAUUUUCGGGUCCGGCGGCGGGAAGUCCAUGGCCGACGAGUUCAAGGUGCCGUUUCUGGGCUCUGUGCCGAUUGAUGCACAGUUCAUUGCCCUCGUGGAGGAAGGCCAGCGACCGCAUUAUCCGGCUGGGACGCUGGUCAAUGGGCAGGACAUAUCAUCGGCACCACAGGGCGAGCAGAAGGCGGGCACGGAUGACGCGACGCUGGUAGACAAGUACAAAGACUGUUCGCUGUAUCACAUAUUCGUUGGCAUCACCUCACAGCUCAAAGAGAAGGUUGCCGGGGUCGAAAUAACAUGA